CAGUAUUAUUCUGUAAAUGUAGAACCCACCAUGAUCUUAUCUUAUUUAGGAGAUUUAUUUACCAUUGUCUUAUUUAUGGACUCUUUAUAGCACAAAGAGGCAUUCAAUAUCAUGGAAUUUGAUUUUUUUUUUAUUUUACUGAGGAGGAAAUGUAACCCUCAGAAGGAGGUCGUUGUCAUAUGCUGCCCAAUGAGUAACUCAGCUAGGUGUUGUAUUGAGGUCUUUGGAAUCCAAGUUCACAGUCUAUAUGAUUGUGAUUUCAUGUGCUGUUUUUAUUUUUGUCUUUCAGAAAUGUAUAUUCUGAAUUCUCCUUGCUAUUUGGUACACUGCUUUGGGCCAUUUACGAUAUCACUGACCAACAAAAUUUCCCAAAAGUGGGAGGUGCUUUAAGUUCACCUGUCUGAGUAUCAAAAUUAGACACCAACAUGAACCAUCCUUUGUGUAAACACAACUUUUCUGCCCACAAUUCUUACUCAUUUUGAUUAUGAUGACAUAAAGUUGAUAACAUGGAAAGGGUGAACCAUUCAGUGGUGUCUGAGUUCAUUUUGCUGGGACUUUCCAAAUCUCAGAAUCUUCAGAUUUUAUUCUUCCUAGGAUUCUCUAUGGUCUAUGCUGGGAUUGUGUUAGGAAACCUCCUCAUCUUGGUCACCGUGACCUUUGACUCACGCCUUCACACACCAAUGUAUUUUCUGCUUAUCAACCUCUCCUGUAUUGAUAUGAUCCUGGCUUCUUUUGCUACCCCUAAGAUGAUUGUGGAUUUCCUCCGAAAGCAGAAGACCAUCUCUUGGUGGGGAUGUUAUUCUCAGAUGUUCUUCAUGCACCUCCUAGGUGGGAGUGAGAUGAUGUUGCUUGUAGCCAUGGCAAUAGACAGGUAUGUUGCCAUAUGCAAACCCCUCCAUUACAUGUCCAUCAUGAACCCCCGAGUGCUUGGUGGGCUGCUGCUAUCCUCCUACACAGUUGGAUUUGUGCACUCAUCUAGUCAAAUGGCUUUCAUGUUGAAUUUGCCUUUCUGCGGUCCCAACGUGGUGGACAGCUUCUUCUGUGACCUUCCCCUUGUGAUCAAACUCGCCUGCAAGGAUACCUACAUGCUACAACUGCUGGUCAUUGCUGACAGUGGCCUCCUGUCCCUGGUCUGCUUCCUCCUCUUGCUUGUCUCCUACACGGUCAUCAUACACUCGGUCAGGCACCGUGCUGCUAGUGGUUCCGCCAAGGCCUUCUCCACUCUCUCGGCACACAUCACUGUUGUGACUCUCUUCUUUGCCCCAUGUGUCUUUAUCUAUGUAUGGCCCUUCAGCAGAUACUCUGUAGAUAAAAUUCUUUCUGUGUUUUAUACAAUUUUCACACCUCUCUUAAAUCCUAUUAUUUAUACAUUAAGGAAUCAAGAAGUAAAAGCAGCCAUUAAGAAGAUAAGAACUCAACACAUAAAUUCAGAGUCCAGAGUGCUAACCAUUACACCAUAGAACUCGACAUAUAAAUU